AUGAUAGUCAGGUCCUUAGAUACUGGCUUGGAGUGUUGUCCAGCCGACCUGGAGGGCUUUCCAAACAAAAUGGACCUCAAAAUGAGGUACCUAGCGAGCCACCCUUCCACCGUUGACCUCGGUCCCCGAUCGCAACCUCUAGUGAGCCACCCUUCCUCCGCCGAGCUCCGUCCCCGAUCACAGCCCUUCGCUCACUCUAUCGCCAAGCUCACUCAUGUGAAGACUUUAUCGCCGAACUCGAACCCGCGACUGCACCUCGCACCUCGCGGCAAGAUCUCUGAGCUCGGCAUCGGCCACCUCUCUUCCCCUCUUUCUGCCACCAGCCUCAUCAGUAUAUAUUCCAAGUGCAGCGGCGUCGCCGACGAAUAUCCCUGUCUUUCACACGCCGGCCGGUGUUCACAACGUGUUCGUUUACGAUUCCUUCAUAGCGGAUUAAUCGGCGAUGGCGUGCCUAACGAAGCUUUUGGAUUCUUUUGCAAAAUUUGGCUGUCUAAUGUGGUUUCAGAGGUAGUGCUUUGUUGCAUAAAUAUUCAAAAUUCGAGUUCACGAGUGAUGCAGUUCAACUGUUCGAGAGAUUUCGUGUGA